GUGGGGGGGCGGGUGAAAGUGAAAGAAAAAAAUAAUAAUGAUGGCGGUGACUGCUGGAUCGGGGUGCAAGGAGGGAGGAAGCAAGAGUAGUAGUAUAGCAAUGGACAAUGGAAAGUACGUAAGAUAUACGCCUGAGCAGGUGGAGGCAUUAGAAAGGCUUUACCAUGAUUGUCCAAAGCCCAGUUCCAUGCGCCGCCAGCAACUUAUCAGGGAAUGCCCCAUCCUCUCCAAUAUCGAGCCUAAGCAGAUCAAAGUCUGGUUCCAGAACCGAAGAUGUAGAGAGAAGCAGAGGAAAGAGGCGUCGAGAUUGCAGGCUGUGAACAGGAAACUGUCGGCCAUGAAUAAGCUUUUGAUGGAGGAGAACGACAGGUUGCAGAAGCAAGUCUCGCAGCUUGUCUAUGAGAACACCUACUUUCGUCAACAGACUCAGAAUGCGCCCCUUGCUACGACAGACACAAGUUGUGAAUCGGUAGUGACAAGUGGUCAACACCAUUUGACUCCUCAGCAUCCACCAAGGGAUGCCAGCCCUGCAGGACUUCUGUCCAUUGCAGAGGAAACUUUAGCAGAGUUUCUUUCAAAGGCCACUGGAACUGCUGUGGAGUGGGUCCAAAUGCCUGGGAUGAAGCCUGGUCCGGAUUCCAUAGGAAUCGUUGCUAUUUCUCACGGUUGCACUGGUGUGGCAGCACGUGCAUGCGGCCUUGUGGGUUUAGAACCUACAAGAGUCGCUGAAAUCCUCAAAGAUCGGCCUUCAUGGUUCCGUGAUUGCCGAGCUGUGGAUGUCAUAAACAUGUUGUCCACCGGAAAUGGUGGAACCAUUGAACUGCUUUACAUGCAGCUCUAUGCACCGACUACCUUGGCACCUGCUCGCGAUUUCUGGUUGUUGCGCUACACUUCUGUUUUGGAAGAUGGUAGUCUUGUGGUUUGUGAAAGAUCAUUGAACAACACUCAGAAUGGUCCGAGCAUGCCACCGGUGCAGAAUUUCGUUAGAGCAGAGAUGCUCUCAAGUGGGUAUCUCAUACGGCCUUGUGAAGGUGGUGGAUCAAUCAUUCAUGUAGUCGAUCACAUUGACUUGGAGCCGUGGAGCGUGCCUGAAGUUUUGCGCCCACUUUACAAGUCGUCAACCUUGCUUGCCCAGAAGACAACUACAGCUGCUUUACGCCAUCUGAGGCAGAUUUCUCAAGAAGUUUCUCAACCGAAUGCCACUGGAUGGGGAAGAAGACCUGCAGCCCUGCGUGCGCUGAGUCAGAAACUAAGCAAGGGUUUCAAUGAAGCGGUCAAUGGAUUUACAGACGAAGGAUGGACUAUGUUAGAAAGUGAUGGCAUUGAUGAUGUUACCCUUCUUGUAAACUCGUCGCCAAGCAAGAUGAUGGGAAUGAAUCUUCCUUAUGCCAAUGGAUUCCCAUCCGCAAGCAACUCGGUGUUAUGUGCCAAAGCAUCCAUGUUGUUGCAGAAUGUGCCACCUGCAAUACUUCUAAGAUUCCUGCGAGAGCACCGGUCAGAGUGGGCGGACAGCAACAUCGAUGCUUACUCAGCUGCUGCCAUUAAAGCUGUUCCGUGUAGCUUGCCGGUACCUAGAGCUGGAAGUUUUGGUGGUCAGGUUAUUCUUCCACUGGCUUACACAAUUGAGCAUGAAGAGUUCAUGGAGGUCAUUAAGCUUGAGAAUAUGGGCCACUAUCAAGAUGAUAUGAUAAUGCCAGUUGACAUUUUCCUCUUGCAACUUUGUAGUGGAGUGGAUGAGAAUGCCGUUGGUACCUGUGCCGAACUCAUCUUUGCUCCAAUUGAUGCUUCCUUUUCUGAUGAUGCACCUAUUCUACCUUCGGGAUUCCGCAUCAUUCCUCUAGAUUCUGGGGUGGACGCCCCCAGUCCGAACCGCACACUCGAUCUUGCGUCUGCUCUUGAAGUUGGCCACACAGGAAACAGGACAUCUGGUGAUAAUGCUGGCAACUCUGGGAACAGAAAGUCUGUGAUGACAAUAGCAUUCCAGUUUGCAUUCGAAAUGCACCUUCAAGAAAGUGUUGCUGCUAUGGCUCGCCAGUAUGUUCGGAGUAUCAUAGCCUCAGUUCAGAGAGUGGCACUCGCUCUCUCCCCUUCUGGCUUUGGCUCCAACGUCGGUCUCAGGCCGCCACCUGGCACUCCUGAAGCACAGACGCUCGCUCGUUGGAUUUGUCAAAGCUAUAGGUGCUAUCUUGGGGUGGAACUACUUAAAAAUGAAGGAAGCGAAUCCAUUCUCAAGUCCCUGUGGCAUCACUCAGAUGCAGUUCUGUGCUGCUCCUUGAAGGCAUUGCCCGUUUUUACAUUUGCAAACCAAGCGGGACUGGACAUGCUGGAGACGACCUUGGUCGCGCUUCAAGACAUUACACUGGAGAAGAUUUUCGACGACAAUGGAAGAAAGACCCUUUGCUCUGAGUUCCCUCAGAUAAUGCAGCAGGGUUUCAUGUGUCUUCAAGGCGGAAUCUGCAUGUCGAGCAUGGGAAGGCCGAUUUCAUAUGAGAGAGCAGUGGCUUGGAAGGUCUUGAACGAAGAAGAAAGUGCUCACUGCAUCUGCUUCAUGUUCAUUAACUGGUCUUUUGUAUGAAAUUACUAGAACUUAGCUUCAGUUACCAAAGUCUGCUAGGUUAGAUUAGGCCAGUAUUUUUUUUUCCACUUUUUUUUUUUUUUUUUUUGGGUUAAUUUGGUAUGGACAAACCUGUAGCACUUGGAUAUGCAUCAUUUGAAUGCAUUGGAGCCCCAUUUUUUGUUCU